AUGGUUUUCGGCGAGGUGAAUGUGGUGGCCAUCAUGUACCCUAAGCCCGGCAAGCAUGACGAAUUGUCGCGUCACUUGGCAGAACUCACCCGUCAGGUGCAUGCCACGGAACCCGAUACGCUAGUUUACUACGCCUUUUCCAUUAAAGAUGGGGACGAGAUUAUGGUCGUCGAGAAGUACAGGGAUCAGGAUGCGCUUCAUAUGCAUCUACUCAGUCCGCAUUUCCAGGAGUUCGGCAAUAAGGCGGCUGGGUUGAUGGAGCGGCCAUACGAUGUGAAGGUUGGGCAUGGGAUUCUUCCGGAGUCUGUUGGGGUCACUCGAGUUCACACUUAA